CACCGCCAAUAAUCUUCGGUCGCACGACAUUUUUCUUUUGAUGUUGCACGACGAUUCAACACAACAAGGCGGACAUCACACGUUCUCCUCGUCGUUUGAUCGCGUAUCGCCAGUCACUGUGCUCGUUCGUCAGCAAAACUCGCGUUCUCGAUACGUACUCUGCUGCGUGACGGCGUUUAAAGCAUAACAAUUAUAUUAUACACCGACGUAAGAUGGCCGGCGGAGUCAUACUGGAAAAUCUGAGCGGCAAGAAGCUGUUCGUGCUCGUGGCAUCGUUGCUAUUUUGCCAGUUGGCCAGCUUUUUGAUCGGCGGAAUCGUAGCUCCUCCUCCGUCCGCUACCGACAUGGUUUUGGCAACAAAAUGCUUGUACAAUGAUAGCAACCCUUGGUCGUACAUCAGAGGCAAUGGCAUGUGCCUUCCUCAUUACCUGGAUGUUUACAAGGAUAAUCCGGCCUCUAAUUCAAUGGCUAAUGAUAUUGUGUUUACCUUCCAAAUUCCUACUCCGCGAGAUGGCCUAAAAUUGGAUUAUUCUCGAUGGCAACAGAAUCUCAUUGGUGUUCUUAACUUUGACAUUGAAUAUCAUUCAGGCACCAAAAUGGAUCGUAAUCUUGAAUUAACAUUGGAUGCCAAGCUUGGUUAUAGCAAUAAAGGAGAUCGAGAUGGUGACUGGAAGUUAUAUGCUGCUUCUAUUGAAAAACGUAAUUUAGAUUGUGUUUCAGAAGAGAAAAUUGAUGGUCAUAAUUAUCAGUGUGGAUUAGUACCACUUUUUGAGCUUGGAUCAUUAUACCACGAUUAUUAUUUAAUCAAUAUAAAAAUUCCAGUUGAUGAACAGAGAGGAAUAAACACUGGUUUGGGUCAUUUAAAAGAUGUUUGGCUUGUGGUUAUUAAUCAAAAUGGCGGGUUUACUAGUGUUUGGCUUUACAUGAAAACAAUAUUUUUUCCAUUUAUUGUAGCAAUUAUGAUAUGGUUUUGGAACAGAGUUCACAUGUUAGCCCGUAAACCAGUUUUACUGGAAAAAAUGUUGAUGACAAUUGGAUUUGCACUCACACUUUUAAAUCUUCCUGCUGAGUUUUUGACAUUAUAUUAUGACAUGCCAUUCAUGUUGCUCUUGCAAGACAUACGACAAGGAAUAUUUUAUGCUGCAUUACUUUCUUUUUGGCUGAUUUUUGCUGGUGAACAUCUCAUGAUUCAGGAUUCUCAUCAGAAAAAUCUACGUACAUAUUGGAAACAUUUAAGUGCUGUUGCUGUUGGUUGUAUUUCUUUGUUUGUAUUUGACAUGUGUGAAAGAGGAGCACAAUUAAAGAAUCCCUUUUAUUCUAUUUGGGCAACUAAUACAGGCACCAAUUUAGCUUUAAGUUUCAUAAUAUUAGCGGCAAUAUCUGGUGGAUGUUACUUUUUAUUUUUAUCAUACAUGAUAUGGAAAGUGUUCUGCAAUAUCAGUGCUCGAAGAUCAGCAUUGCCAUCUAUGUCAAAUGCCAGGAGGUUACAUUACGAAGGGAGUAUUUAUAGAUUUAAGUUUUUAAUGAUAGCUACAUUAUUGUGUGCAGCUUUAACUGUAAUUGGAUUCAUAUUGGGCCAGGCUUCAGAAGGACAUUGGAAAUGGAACGAAACGAAUAAUCUCAAUUAUGCAUCUGCGUUUUUAAUCGGUGUUUAUGGAAUGUGGAAUAUAUAUAUAUUUGCUUUAAUUGUAUUGUAUUCUCCUUCUCACAAACACUGGCCUUCUGAAAUUGAUGUAAACAACAGUUCCAGUGAUACAAUUGAAUUUAGCCGUCUUCCUACAGAGCCUACAGAAAUGUCUUCUCUGGCAUCAUUCUCUAGGAAAUCUGCUUUUGACUGAUUAUUCAAACGCCAUGAUAUAUUCCUAAAUCCUAACUUUAAGUUUAAUAAUGAUGUUUUAUAAUGAUUUCCUCAUUCUUAAUGAUAGGUCUAUGAUAGACAAAUAUUGAAUAUCAACUAUUUUUUAAAACUCAAGACAUUUAACAGUAUUAUAUCGUAUUAUUGCAGUAUUAUAUUAUUUUUUUCAUAUAGUGUUC